AUGGGCAAGAAUCGCCACAGCAAGGACCGGUUGUUCAUCACCCAGACGGAGCACAAGUACCUCUAUGGCGGCAAGAAGCAGGAGAUCCGUCGGGCCUACAAGCGUCUGCCAUUCAACUGCUGCGCCAUCACACUCUGCCCCUUCACGAACCCGGUGUGCACGCGCGAGGGGCACUUGUUCGACCUGGAGGCCGUUGUGCCGUACGUCAAGGAGCACCAGAUCAACCCUGUGACGGGAAAGCCGCUUGCUCUGAAGGAGCUGAUUCAACUGCACUUCAGCAAAAACUCGCAGGGAGAGUACUUCUGCCCCGUCACCUACAAGGUUUUCACCGACAACACGAAGAUCGCUGCUAUCGCAACUACGGGCAAUGUCUUCUGCUACGAGGCCGUCGAAGAACUCAACGUCAAGCCAAAGAACUGGACGGACCUCAUUUCCGGUGCCAAAUUCAAGCGCAAAGACAUCGUCAUUUUGCAAGAUCCGCAAGAUUUUUCCAACCGCGAAAUCGACAACUUCGAGCAUCUUCGGCGCGCGAAAGCGAGCGAUAAUAGCGCUUCUACUACAGCGGCAGCUCGGAACAUCCGCACCAAUGCAGCUACAGACCGCAUUCUUCAAGAGCUGGAAGCUAAGAAAGCGGCGCAGAAGGAAUUGACAGAAAAAAUUAAACGUGGAGCUGACGACGUGUGUGAGAAGGACAAGAUCGUGGCCUCGCUAACCCACAGCAAACAAUCGCAAGCAGAGGAAAAGAUUGCUGCUAAAAAGACGGCGCAAUCGGGAAAGCUGCAGUACUCUCAGUUUACCGCUGGCGACUGCUCGAGUUCGUUCACAUCUAGUGUGAGAGCUCCUGUAACGAGCAACGCAGUGGCUCUUGCAUCUGAACAGGAGCUGCUGGAACGGAGGUGGCAAGCUGUGCGGAAGUUGAAGAAGAAAGGCCUCGUGCGGCUUGAGACGACCCUCGGCAAUAUUAAUCUGGAAGUGGAUUGCGACUUCGUUCCGCAAACGGCUGACAACUUCAUGAGCUUGUGCCAGUCAAAAUAUUACGACGGCGUGCUGUUCCACCGGGUUAUUAAGGGUUUCAUGAUGCAAGGAGGUGACCCAACUGGCACAGGUCGAGGUGGUCAAUCCAUUUGGAAGAAACCAUUCCGUGACGAGAUCGACAGCAGACUGUCGCAUGAUGCGCGAGGCGUACUAAGCAUGGCGAACUCGGGACCGGCCACCAACAACUCCCAGUUUUUCAUCACCUUCAAGGCAUGCCCACACCUGGACAAGAAGCACGCUGUAUUCGGCCGCGUUGUCGGAGGAAUGGAUGUACUGGACGCUGUUGAGAACGUAGAGACUGGUGCUGAGGAUCAACCUAUCGAGGAUGUGCGCAUUAAAAGUGUCCAAGUGUUUACGAACCCAUUUCAAGAGUAUGAAGAAGCCCAAGAACGGGGUCUGGAUGUCGUGCAAGUUGCCAAGGAAAAGGCUGCGCAGGACGCGAAACCUAAGGUGCAAGGCACUGUUUUGAAGGUCGGGGGCAAGUGGGUUGCCUACGACGAUCUGGGAGAAGUGGAUGUGGCCAGUAUUCCUACCUGCGAAACUACCAAGGAUGAGAACGUGGGUAAAUAUCUUCAGACUAAGUCCGACGCAGCCACCAAGAAAAGAUCAUUGGAGCCCACCAUGCCCACUGCCAUUGAAAGCAAGAAGAAGAGUAAGAAGCAAUCAUCCAGCGGAUUCGGCAACUUCUCCGGUUGGUAA